GAAUGUUACUGGAUCAGUUAGCUGAUGUGAUUAGGUGUGCUCAAACCUGAGCGUCAAAUGCAUAAAGAAAGUCUGUGUGUAAGAGCACUUUGAGCAAAUCAUGCACUGGCAAGAGUUCGACAAGGAACCAAUAAAAAAACGCAGACAGCUACAGCAGGCAGCUAUUCUCCCACUCCAGAGCCAACAAGAAUUAGUUAUUCCAGCGUUCGAAGAAAUGAUUGAGGAAGAGACUAUAACACCAAGUGAAGACGGUCCAGACACGCUUCCGCAUUGGCAGAGAUGUGCAGUCCUAGUAAGUGAUAUCCUUCACAGAUAUCUGAGAGACACUGAAUACUACAGUCAAGGGAGUUUUGUGGCUGCAUUUAUAUUGGAGAAAGAAGUUAGGGUUGACAAAGUAAAAGCUGAUAUGUGUGAGGUUGUGGCUUUUGGAACUGGAGACUCAUGCUACCAAGGAUGGCAGGAUUACAGUGGACGUUUAGUUCAUGACAGUCAUGCAUUAGUGGUAGCAAGAAGGGCAUUAUUAAGGUACCUGUACAAGCAGUUGCUCAUGUAUCAGAGCGAUCUGACGCUUGCCAAAGACAAAUGCAUUUUCUGCCCUUCUCAGCAAAGUCAGAUGCUGGUCCUGAAACCUGAUAUCUUCCUGCAUCUCUAUAUAAACUUUACCCCUGAAGGUUUUGUCCAGGCCAGCCAUCCAUGGGUAGAUAUAUCUCCAUGUGUUUCACUUCAUGUUCAUGCAAAAGGCGAGCUGCUUCCAGUGUCAGAGUGUCCCCUGAGUGUUCUGGCUUCACGCGUGUGCUGCAUGUCAGCUUUCGACAAGCUGAUGAAAUGGAAUGUUCUGGGAAUUCAGGGAGCUUUGCUGAGCCAGUAUAUUGAUCCAUUAUAUAUUACCAGCAUAGUAACAGGUACUUCCACUGAGCUGGAGCAGGAUUUUCUAUGCAACGCUGUUAAUGACCGCAUGAAACUUUCCUUGGACCUGAGCCUGUUUCCUUCAUAUUCUGUACACACUCCCUAUAUCUUCUCUGGUCCUUACAUAUCCAGCAGCAAACCCUCGACACUCUACAGCAAGCACAGCUUAAACUGGUCCAAAGGAGAUGAAAUUGAACUUGUGGAUGGAGAAACAGGGAGACCAGUAGAAUGCUCCUCAACUCUCAGCCAUUUUGCCGUUAGUCGUCUGUGCAAAGCAGCCAUGCUGAAAUAUUAUUGGAAACUGCAAAAUGAGUAUGGAAGAUCACAAGAACACAUUUCUUACAUCCAGUCCAAGAUUUUCUCUAAUCAGUAUCAGCGGGUGAAGUCACUGUUCCACUCUCAUUUCUGUGCACGUACUCAAGGAUCAUGGCCUCGCAAACUGUGUGUGGAUAGGUUUGAGAUAAUACACCAAGAUUUUCAAGAUGGAGAAACAGGUUGGCUAUACCAAAGUGAUCUUCAAUGAUAAAACCUUAACACAGAAAGCCUUGACCGACUUUUACUUGGUAUUUUGAAGUUUCAAACGGCUACAUUUUAUUUAAAUUUGAAUUCUGAAUAAUGUUGAAAGGCUUAAAACAUGUAUGAAGAAAGCAUACAGUAUAUGCAAAAAGCAUACAGUAUAACUGGACUGUUUCUGUUUGAGUUUUCCUUGUUUUUUUCUUGAAAACUAUAAUUUUUGUUAUUUAAGGUACAAAGUUCAAAGAACACUAAGUAAACAAUUGUAGUUGUGUAGCAA